AUCGGCGUUUCCACUCCGAGCCGGUGACAGUCGCGCGCCCACAGUCAGAGUCAGCGGUUGAUCACACACUCGAUUUUCGAUUCGCAAGAAGGAGGCGUACCCAAAUACAUAGCAUAUCUAUAUAUAAUAUAACAACUUAUAUGCAUAUCUGUAUAUAUACCUCUGUAUAAUAUUAAAUUAAAAACAAUUGUGUUGAUAAGGAUAAGGGGAACAGACCGUUACCAUGUCGGACGAUAAUUCCAUACGCCGCCUGAGUCCUGAGCUGGCCAAAAAGGCGCAGGACGAGCUGGGCGAGGUGCCAGAUAGAAUCAAUGAGGAUAUCGACACGUUGCGCACUUGGAUCUCGAAGCAGCCACACCUGAAGGCUCGCCAGGAUGCCCAGUUCCUGGUGGCCUUCCUGCGUGGCUGUAAAUACAGUCUGGAGAAGACGAAACUGAAGCUGGACAACUUCUAUGCUAUGAGAGGAGCCGUGCCAGAGCUCUACAAGAAUCGUUUUGUGGGCGAAAAGCAGUUGGCCAUUCUGGACACAGGUUGCUUGCUGAGAUUGCCAAAACCCUUGAAAACAGACGGUCCACGUAUCCACAUCUCCCGCUACGGCCAAUACGAUUCCAAAAAGUACACCAUUGGCGAGGUUGUCCAGAUCAGCACCAUGUUGGGUGAGAUUCAGAUACGGGAGGAUGACAAUGCGAUGGUGUCUGGCUUCGUAGAGAUCAUAGACAUGAAGGGCGUUGGCAUGGGACACAUACUCCAAUUCGAUGUGGUGCUGGUGAAGAAACUGGCUGUCCUGGGAGACAAAGCUUUGCCCUACAGGCCCAAAGGAUUCCACUUUGUAAAUGCCCCGCCCAGUGCCGAGAAGUUAAUGUCCAUUGCCAAAAGUUUGAUGAGCGACAAAAUUAAGAAAAGGUUCCACAUUCACUCGAAUCUGGAAAGUCUCUAUGAAUAUGUGCCCAAGGAUUGCCUGCCCGCCGAGUAUGGCGGCAGCAAUGGCACCAUCCAGGAUGUGGUCAGCACGUGGAAGACGAAACUGACAUCCUACAAGGCUUUCUUCGAGGAGGAAGUGUCCUAUGGCACCAAUGAAAAGCUAAGACGAGGACAACCGGUUAAUGCUGAGGCUCUAUUCGGAAUCGAAGGCUCCUUCCGAAAACUCGAAAUCGACUAGUUAGUUUUUAGUUUUUUAGUCAAUUUUUUAAUCUUUAUCGUUGCAAAAAAUGAACACAAACUGGUACUAAAACACUAAAACUUCCAUGGAAUAA